AUGAAGAGGAGGGGAGAAAAUGGCACAGGAACAAAAGAAAGGGAAGGAGGAGAGAAGUGGUAUGACAGAGAGACUGACUGGAGAGAAAGAAGGAUGGAUGAAUGUGUGGCUUCCCGGGGCUCCAAUCGCCAGCCAAAAGGACACACGGAACAGUGUAUUUUGUCUGGAGAACCACCUGCCGAGCUGCUGACAAAGCAGCCGUUUGGGGCAAAGCACCCCGCCGACCAAAAGAACCGAGCCGGCCUCGCUGGCGACCUCUUGUCGUUUACAGAUGUCCUUUUCACCUCUACCACCACGUCCAAGACCCUGGUGAACAUCCAGACCCAGAGCAGGUCUGUUUCCUAUGCAGGGUACUUGGUCCAGCUCUACUUCUUCUUGACUUUUGGGGACAUGGACAUCUUUCUCCUGGCUACAAUAGCCUAUGACUGCUAUGUGGCCAUUUGCCACCCACUCCACUAUCUGAUGAUCAUGAGCCUCCACCACUGUGUCCUACUGGUGACUGCCUGCUGGACCCUCGUGAGUCUUGUUGUCAUGACUCACACCUUCCUCAUAUUCCAGCUUUUCUUCUGCUCUGAGAAGAUAAUUCCUGACUUCUGUGAUUUGGGACCGCUGAUGAAGGUGUCCUGCUCUGAUACCCAGAUCAAUGAGCUUGUGCUCCUCUUCCUAGGGGUAGCAGUCAUUUUAAUCCCUUUUUUGCUCAUCCUGGUCUCUUACAGCUGCAUUGUUUUAGCCAUCCCCAGGAUCCCCUCUGCCCAGGGAAGGCACAAGACCUUCUCUACCUGUGGCCCUCAUCUCGCUGUUGUUGCUCUGUUUCUCGGGAUGGUAAUCAGGGCUUAUCUGUGCCCUUCAUCCUCUUCCUUUAACUCAGUAGAGGAGGAUACAGUGGCUACUGUCAUGUACACUGUGGUGACUUCCCUGCUGAACCCCUUUAUUUACAGCCUGCAGAACAAGGACUUGAAGGUUGCAGUGGUUAGACUUCUCAAAGGCAGAGUCUUCUUUUCUUGGGGGAAA